AUGGGCCAUCCGACUCGACACGCCACCAAAUGUCGACGACUGUCGCUCGCUUCCGCCAAAAGCGACACAGCACUGCUCGGCCAAAUCGACAAAGAGGCUACGACAUAUGUUGUGUCUGUAAGAUGCGCAGGACAUGUGGCGACGUCCAACAUCGGACAGCCACCAAAAGCCGUCAGAGUCGACACACUACAUCACCCAGGAAUGCCGGACGGUUUCUUCACAAGACUACGGGCGGGCAUGAUCCUGGUCCCGCUUUACGCUCCUCCAAUGCGCAACGCCGCUGCCGGGGCCCGUUGUAUGCGGUCACCACCGAUGGCCCGCCGACAUGAGCAAUGGCCAUGGCAACACCACGUCAUGUUUGGAAUGCAGGGCUGCGUGCACGGCGAGAGAUGGUGGGACCGUCUUGACGGCAACCGUAUUCUAGUGGCGAGACAAACAACAGGCCUCUAA